UCAGUGUGUUCUCGGCAGGCGCUCUGUCAGCGUAUCGUUCUUCCAAGUACAGUGCUAUAGUACAGUCGAAGAUAUAACCAUGGAACCGCACUUUUUUUUCACCGUACUGUGGAUGCUAUUGAUGGGAACAAGCAGCACUUACGCACAAGAAAUCUUUGGGUAUUGUAGAACGCCUGAUGAGAACAGCGGCACCUGCAUAAACCUCCGGGAAUGUGGAUACCUAUUCGAACUGCUUCAAAGCGAAGAGGUUACGGAACAGGACCGUCGAUUUCUGCAAGCCAGCCAAUGUGGCUACCGGAAUGGACAAGUGCUUGAAAAACAUUUUUGUUUUACCAAUGUUCAGAUUUGCUGUGCAAACAGCCGAAUGCGAAACCAGCAACCUCAGUGGGGAAAUCAUCCUCAACCUACUCAGACCACUAAGCCUACAAAACGCUCUGGGACCAAACUGUUACCAAUGGCGCCCAAUUGCGGUGAAAACUUUGGAGACCGAGUGGUGGGUGGUAACGAGACGACAAAGAGGGAGUUUCCUUGGAUGGCCCUAAUAGAGUACACGAAGCCCGGUAACGUGAAAGGUCACCACUGCGGCGGAUCUCUAAUCAACCAUCGUUACGUUCUGACGGCGGCACACUGCGUCUCGGCUAUUCCCAGUGAUUGGGAGCUGACGGGAGUACGCCUGGGUGAGUGGGAUGCGAGCACCAAUCCGGAUUGCACAGUCGGUAAAAACGGACGACGGGACUGCAACGAACCGUACGUAGACUACCCUGUUGAGGAGCGUAUUCCGCACCCGCAGUACCCGGGAAACUCACGGGACCAGCUAAAUGACAUUGCGUUGCUGCGAUUGCGGGACGAGGUUCAGUACAGCGACUUCAUAUUACCAGUAUGUCUGCCCACUUUAGCGUCCCAGCACAACAAUAUAUUCCUUGGCCGAAAGGUGGUGGUGGCAGGGUGGGGUCGCACGGAGACAAAUUUUACGUCCAAUAUCAAGCUGAAGGCUGAGUUGGAUACGGUACCGACGUCCGAAUGCAACCAAAGAUACGCCACCCAAAGAAGGACUGUCACCACCAAACAGAUGUGCGCCGGCGGAGUUGAGGGGGUUGAUUCCUGUCGCGGGGACUCGGGUGGCCCCCUUCUGCUCGAGGACUACUCCAAUGGAAACUCAAACUACUACAUUGCUGGUGUGGUCUCCUACGGACCCACGCCCUGUGGCCUAAAAGGAUGGCCCGGCGUGUACACAAGGGUUGAAGCGUAUCUGAACUGGAUAGAAAACAACGUUAGGGCUUAAUCUUAAAUGACGAAAAUUAACAUUCUUAGGGAUUGAUCGUAAAUCGUGCAGAUUACCAUUGUAAAAUGGGACAUGCCACAGUAAAUAUCGAUUUUUAAUGAAAGGUAGAUUUUACAAUAAAUUAAGUUAUCUCGUGUAGAUUCAACGGUAAAACGCGCAGAGUUCAACACUUCUUGAUCUGGUGUACUGUACACUUAUAAUAUAAAAACUCAAUUC